UUCCCUCCGGGAAUCGGCCCCUGCCGCUUAAGGGAGAGAGGCCACCCCCGGGAAGGAUGUGGCCGGCACAGCAACUCUUGGGGGCCGGACUUCAAGGCGGAGCCGGGCGGCAGGAGCCACGGUUCCCCGCCGCCCGUAACGAGAAAGGUGGCAUCGCUCGCCUCCGCGUCUGGGGUUCCUGUCGCCCGGUAGCCAGCCAUUGGGGAAGGAGGCUCCGCGAUGGCUUUGGGCAGGGAGAGACGCCAGGGGGCAGGAAGAGCCGGGCUGGUCUCUGCAAAGCGCUGGGAGCUGGGGUGGCGGCUUUGAAAGGGCCACUGUGUGUGCCUUGGCACGGGGAGGGGCCAGAACCGCGUAUGGGGGCCAGGCAGUGGCACUGCGGGAGGAGACGCAGGGCACAGAGAGACCUUCCUGCCAGCAACGGGCUCCUGAAGGGAUGGGAGUGCGGAGGAAUCCCCUCGGCUUCCCAGCAGCCUGCUCAGGGUGAUGCUCACCCCAGCUGACUGCGCUCCUGGAGACCAGCGGAGACUUGGGCGUCCGAGGAGAGGGCCAGCUAGGCUGGCAUCGGGCUGAGAUGGCUUGGCGCAGGCUUAUCCUGGUCAACCUGCUUGGGCUUUGCUUGACCAGCUGCCUCCUGUGCCCUACUCAGGGCUGUGGCCCAGGCAGGGGACCAGUGGGACGGAAGCAGUCCAGCCGCAGAAGCCUGGCCCCGCUGCAGUACAAACAGUUUGUGCCCAACGUGGCGGAACAGACUCUGGGGGCCAGUGGCAAAGCCGAGGGCAAAAUCAGCCGCCACUCAGAGCGCUUCAAGGUCCUGGUGCCCAACUACAACCCUGACAUCAUCUUUAAGGAUGAAGAGAAUACAGGUGCUGACCGGUUGAUGACAGAGCGUUGCAAAGACCGAGUGAAUGCCUUGGCCAUUGCCGUCAUGAAUAUGUGGCCGGGCGUAAGACUGCGAGUGACGGAGGGCUGGGAUGAAGACGGACACCACCUGCCUGAUUCUCUGCACUAUGAAGGCCGGGCGCUGGACAUCACCACCUCUGACCGUGACCGGGAGAAAUACGGCAUAUUGGCCCGCUUAGCUGUGGAGGCUGGCUUUGACUGGGUGUACUAUGAAUCCAAGGCGCACAUCCAUGUUUCUGUGAAAGCAGAUAACUCCAUGGCUAUUCGUGCAGGCGGCUGCUUCCCUGGCGAUGCGACUGUGACGCUGCGGAAUGGCGAGAAAAGGAGCCUCUCCAAGCUGCGCCACGGAGACUAUGUAUUCAGCGUAGAUCAGAACGGACAAGUGACGCUUAGUGAGGUUCUGCUGUUCCUCCACCGAGAGCCACACCAGCAGACCCUCUUCGUGGCCAUUGAGACAGAAGAACCUGUUCGCCGGCUGCUGCUUACAUCCUCUCAUCUCAUCUUCGUUGCACGGGACCCGGUCAACAGCACAAUGGACUUCUCUCCUGUGUUUGCCAGCAGAGUGUGCGUGGGGGACUCCGUUUUGACAUACCAGGGGGGCGACCUUCCCUUGCAUCCUGCCCGAGUAGUCCGGGUUUGGCAGCAAGAGGGCACUGGUGUCUAUGCCCCCUUAACCACCCAUGGCACAAUCCUGGUCAAUGGGGUGCUGGCAUCCUGCUAUGCAGUCCUUGAAAGUCACCAUUGGGCUCACUAUGCCUUUGCCCCAUUACGCUUUGUCUACGGCAUCUUCUCCCUCCUGUCCCUGAAGGGAGAGUCCAGAAACUGCAGUGCUCAGGAAACAGGCGUGCACUGGUAUUCACAGGUUCUGUAUCAUCUGGCAUGGGACUUGCUGGGCCAGGAUGCACUUCGCCCCUAAGAGGCUUGCUGGGCCUCUUGUUUGCCAGACAAAGUUAAACUCAUCAAGUCUUUAGAUAAAAGGGAGACCCUUGAGUAUUUGCUUGUCUCCUUGUCUCCUUGCCUUGGCCGGCUAAUGAUUCUAGAGCUGAGGUCCCUUUAAAGCAUCAACCUUUGCAACGGAGAAACUAGCCUGUGGCCAUGUGGGAGUUGGAUUGAGGGAUUAGGUCAACUGAUACCAGUACUCCUGCUGUAGGUUGCAUAUCACAGGCACUGGACUUCCUACAGAUGUGUUUGGGGAGCUUAAAAAUAUCUGAGGCCUGCCGUGUUCUCCUAAAUUUAGCACAAAGUCAAUAAGCCCGCUGUCUUAAUUUUUAGCAGGUGGAAUGGCUUUCCCAUAGGUGACUUGAUCGUCUGGGCUUAUAAAACCAGCAUAAGGUCAGCCGUGGCUUCUUCUUUUUUAAAAAAAUUCCCCCUGCAGUUGCCUUAAUGGGAUAAGUCAGGAAAGAGGGAGGUAUACAGUAGAAACAAAUGCAUUUCUAGAUGGCCAGCAGAUUUUUCACCUUCCUCUAGCUUCAGAAAUGUAUCUGAGCAUUUCUGUGAUGCAUUUGAGGAUAGGUAACAAACAGGUUAGCUUGACCCUUCAGUUUGGGCCGAUGAUAUGGAAACUUGCAAGGUCUGGCUAGUGCCAGUGGGGCUUUUACAAGAAGGUCAAGAAAUAUGCUGGGGACCAUGUUUGGAAUAAGAAUGGCUUCGAGCAGAAUCUGGGUAGCGUCUUUAUAGCUUGGCAUCCUUUUCCUUACCGAGUUUCUUUCAGCACUGGAUUCAAGAAAGAAGCAAAAGAGGCAAAUCCAAUCUUUUGCAGGGGGAGAUCUCAUAACCACCCAGGUUGGAAUGAUGACUGAAUGGUGGUACAGAUAGUCCUCAACUUACAACCAUAUGUUUAGUGGCCAUUUGUGGAGUUAAAACGGCACUGAAAAAAGUGACUUAUGACCGUUUUACACAUGACUGUUUCACUAGGUCUGUGGUCAUGUGAUCAGAAUUCAGAUGCUUGGCAACUGGCAUGUAUUUAUGACGGUUUCAGUAUCCUGGAGUCAUGUGGUCACUUUUUGUGACCUUCUGACAAGUGAAGUCAAUGCGCAAACCAGAUUCACUUAACAACCAUGUAACUAACUUAACAAGUGCAGCGUUUCAUUUAACAACUGUAGCAAGAAAGGUCGUAAAAUGGAGCAAAAUUCACUUAACAAUUGUUUUGCUUAGCUAUGGAAAUUUUGGGCUUAAUUGUGGUCAUAUGUCGAGGACUACCUGUGUGCUGGAUAGCCAUUGGACUUGCUGCCUCAUCUCUUUUCUGACACUCUUGGAUCUUAAGCAAGAUCCACCUGCAUUUUCAUAUUGCCGCUAUGGGCAAGGGAUGAAUGGGAAAUUAAUACUUCCUUAUGAAGAUUAAAAUCCAUGCUACUCCCUUAAAUCUGCAGUACAUUAAUGAGAGUAACAUUUAACUGGCACUCCAGAGUUUUUAUUUUUAUAUUUAUGUAAGUAGUAAAUUAAAUGUGGUCUGCCACCUCUUGUCUUGUACUGUAGGAGAUACUAAUUGGAUGUUUUUGACAGGGAAAUGAAUGAAAGGAGCAAGCUGUUAUUUCUGCAGGCUGUUUAACGCCUUCUUUUUUUUUUUUUUUGCAAUAUAUUUUUGUGUGUCUUUAACUAAAGAGAAUUACUUUGACUCGUGUCUUGAUGUGUUUCUUGAAGAAUCUGUUUCAAUAUCCUAUUUUAAGGAUUGGGGAGAGGGAAGAUGAAAAAUACAAUAUUAAAAAUACAGUCAGCAUUGGCAAGCAAUCCCCUUAUCUUUUAGUUCAUUGUGGCAAAACAUUCUAUUUUAUAUAUUAUAAAUAUAUAUGGCUCAGGGGCUAAGACGCUGAGUUUGUUGAUUGAAAGGUCGGCAGUUCAGCAGUUCGAAUCCCUAAUGCCGCCGUAUAACGGGGUGAGCUCCCAUUACUUGUCCCAGCUUCUGCCACGUGAAAAAUGCAAGUAGAAAAAAUAGGGACCACCUUUGGUGGGAAGGUAACAGCGUUCUGUGUGCCUUUGGCGUUGAGUCAUGCUGGCCACAUGACCAUGGAGACGUUUUCGGACAGCGCUGGCUCUUCGGCUUUGAAACGGAGAUGAGCACUGCCCCCUAGAGUCAGGAACGACUAGCACAUAUGUGCGAGGGGAACCUUUACCUUUAACUAUCCCGGAAGUUUGCACUGUUCACCUGGGUUUUAGAGCAAUUUUUUAUUUGCCAUGCCUGCCCCGUUCUUUUAAUGUUCUGGUGUGAUCGGAGUUUGAAACUACAAGUCUAUGUCUAUCUAUGUAGUUAGAUAGACAUAGAGACUUCUUGUCCUCAAGGGUCUAUUAUAUGCUCCUUGAUAUAUAUAGAUCCAUUGCUUUAACAAACACAAUUAAGCAAUCUUGUAUUCACACAGGUUUGCGGAACAGAGUAGCUUUGGACUUCCUGCAUCUUGGUCACCCAUAGCCUUCCCAGAAUGCACUUGGGCCAGUUGAAUUUUCAAUGGCAUCUUCCGCAUUUCUGCGUCUAUCGACUCAGUGCCAAAAUGAGACUUAUCUCGGAUGCAUUUACAGAUUUGUGGGUUCUGCCUUCAUUGCUACGUGUGCAAAAAGUUGUAACGAUGAAGCUAAGACUCAGAUCGGGCCCGCAGAGGAGCGCACCCAGCUAGAAAGAUUGCUGGGAGGCCAAUGGAAGCCGCCAAUUAACUCCCAGCCCUGUAUCUUCCUGCAGGGCCACGACUUGCUUGCUGGCACAGCUAGUCACGCCUGGGAGGGCACCCAGUUGCCUCCUGCUGGGAUGUUUGACUUUGUGCCACCAUUUCAUGCGCUUCUGAUCCUGGUUCGCAUUCCUACUGCUGACAUUUGUAUAAUGAAGGUCAAGAGAGAGCUGGGAGCUGACAGAGGCAACUGUUUACACUGGGGUGUGUGGGCGUGAGGUCUGGCUGGUUCUGUGUCCUCCCUAUGUCUGUCUAGCCCCACUUCCCACUCUAUUUGAAUUGCACACUUCACCCCAGUGUGGGUUUCUGGCAAGGGAGCAAUUGGGGGGGGGCUUCUUAACAGGUGUUGAUGGUGGCAGGCACAAAGUUGCUCAAAGCUUCUAUGGGAAUGGGCAGCUAUAAUGCAUUUAAAAUAAUAAUAACCUGGGCACUUUGGCAAUUUUGAAAUCAAGAGCAAAUUUUCUGUGUAGGAAAUUUUUAUUAAAAAGUGCAAUUUCCCAGCAUGUGUUCUUUUUGGUAAGACAGUGGAAGACAAUUCAUAGUAAAUAAGACUGCUACUGGUGGAUUCGCAAUGUAAAUGCAGCUUGUGAUAUUUUCUGCACUGUUUUAGCAAAAAAGAAAAAAAAAGAAAUCCAGCUUCAUUCCUUAAAUUUAAUUGGGAUCUCUGCUGUUAAUCAUUUCUAUUAAUCAUACUAUUAAUCGUUUCAUAAUUCCCACCACCAAUCUCUUUCCACUUAUGACUGUAUGACUAUAACUUGUUGCUGGCAAUCCUUAUGAUUGAUAUUGAUUGAUAUUGAUAUAUUGACCAUCAAUUGUGUUGUAAAUGGUGUACCUUGAUGAACGUAUCUUUUCUUUUAUGUACACUGAGAGCAUAUGCACCAAGACAAAUUCCUUGUGUGUCCAAUCACACUUGGCCAAUAAAAUUCUAUAAAAAUAAAA